GUGUCAGUGUUUAUUUUAUUAAAAGUUUUUAACUUGCAAUCAUGACUGGUCGUGGUAAGGGAGGAAAAGGAUUGGGAAAAGGAGGAGCCAAGCGGCAUCGUAAGGUUCUUCGUGAUAACAUCCAAGGUAUCACUAAACCAGCUAUCCGUCGUCUGGCUCGUCGUGGUGGAGUCAAACGUAUAUCCGGUCUGAUCUAUGAAGAGACCCGUGGUGUUCUCAAGGUCUUCCUUGAAAACGUCAUCCGUGACGCCGUCACCUACACUGAACACGCCAAACGUAAGACAGUCACCGCCAUGGAUGUUGUCUACGCUCUGAAACGUCAAGGCCGUACUCUUUACGGUUUUGGAGGUUAAUUUUAUUACUCGACCCAGCAAUUCAUUAAACAAAACGGCCCUUUUCAGGGCCACCAAAUUUUUCAUACGUUGGAAAUUAUUCAAGUUUUGCUUUACAUACUAAAUUUCAGUAAAACCACCUAUCCUCAAUUAAGAAACAACUACGUCAUAAAAUUAAGGUUCAAUUAUAUUUCUUAAUCCAUAAGUCUAGUAAGGUAUCACCUUAUUUGUUGAAAAACCCAUAAUAUAGAAGUAAUAUAGUGAUACUAUAUUACUUCUAUAAAUCAUAUUUUAAAACACUUGUUCUCUUACGAGAAUGCUCUUAGAAACAUUUGCGUAUUUCGUUAAAUUCAUUAUUAUACUAUCAAUUAUAUUUUAUUUGUUAUUAUUGUAAAUCCCAUUGUAUACGAAAUUCAACGAAAUACAAAUUUAUACAAGGCUUUAUAAACAUAUAAAAUGGAAUUCUUCUCAUACGCGAUACCAAACUUGCAAAAUUUGCUAUAACAUCAUGAAGAAUUCACGACAAAAUAAAUGUUCAAAAUCAUGUUAAACAAUGCAUACAAACUUUAAAAACAAUACGUUUAUAUUUUCGAAUUACAUUAUUUGGAGUUUAGAUUCUUCACAAGUUAGUUUAAUUAUGCUGCUGUUUCGAUCAAUACCUUAGUCAACCUUUUCAGUGCUGCCAAAUUAUUGGCACUAAAUUUCAUUCUAUUUAUGUACCAACGAAUACAUAUCAGCUGUUUUUGGCCGGACUGAAUUCGUCGUAAACGUGAUAAUUUGGAGUAUCUAUAAAUUAUGUUUAUCGGCUUAAGCUUUCACAGUUAAAUAUAAGCUUAGUUCAGUCAAACAUACUUACAUUGUCUAAUCUCAUAUUAGUCGUUUUAUAAGAUAAUCAGGAUAAAGGCACAAUUGGAAGUAUUGCUCAGUCUUGUAGAACUGGAUAUUAAUUUAAGUAAAUUAGGGUCGUUGUGAGUUAUUUGUAAGAGUAAAGCAGGAAAAUUUAGGUUAUAAUUAAGUUAAAUGAUAAUCUCAAAGUUUGAUACGUUUUAAAAAAUUUGGUUGGUCCUGAAAAGGACCGUUUUG